AUGUCUUACGAAGUUCAAGCUUUAGUUAUUGAUAACGGUUCUGGUAUGUGUAAGGCCGGUUUUGCUGGUGAUGAUGCACCACGUGCUGUAUUUCCAUCGAUUGUUGGUCGUCCAAGACAUACUGGUGUUAUGGUUGGUAUGGGCCAAAAGACCUCAUAUGUUGGUGAUGAAGCUCAAUCAAAGAGAGGUAUCCUUACAUUAAAGUACCCAAUUGAACAUGGUAUAGUCACCAAUUGGGAUGAUAUGGAAAAGAUAUGGCAUCACACUUUUUACAAUGAACUACGUGUUGCUCCAGAAGAACAUCCAGUCUUGCUAACCGAAGCUCCACUCAAUCCAAAAGCCAAUCGUGAAAAGAUGACUCAAAUCAUGUUUGAAACAUUUAAUACACCUAGUCUGUAUAUAGCAAUUCAAGCUGUACUUAGUCUCUACGCAUCUGGUCGUACAACUGGUAUUGUCAUGGACUCUGGUGAUGGUGUAUCUCAUACUGUUCCAAUUUAUGAAGGGUAUGCUUUACCACAUGCUAUCCUUCGUUUGGAUCUUGCUGGUCGUGAUCUAACAGAUUAUAUGAUGAAGAUCCUCACUGAACGUGGAUACUCUUUCACCACAACUGCUGAACGUGAAAUAGUACGUGACAUUAAAGAAAAACUUGCUUAUGUCGCCUUGGACUUUGAAGCUGAAAUGCAAAUGUCUGCCAUUUCCUCUCAACUAGAUAAAUCAUAUGAAUUACCGGAUGGACAAGUUAUAACCAUUGGUAAUGAACGAUUCCGUUGUCCAGAGGCACUGUUCCAACCAUCAUUCCUUGGUAUGGAGUCUGCAGGUAUUCACGAAACCACCUACAACUCCAUCAUGAAGUGUGAUAUUGAUAUCCGUAAAGACCUCUAUGGAAACAUCGUUCUCUCUGGUGGUAGUACCAUGUUCCCUGGUAUGGCCGACCGUAUGGCCAAGGAACUCACAGCACUUGCUCCAUCGACCAUGAAGGUCAAGAUCAUCGCCCCACCCGAACGUAAAUACUCUGUCUGGAUCGGUGGUUCCAUUCUUGCCUCACUCGGUUGCUUCCAACAAAUGUGGGUUUCCAAAGAGGAAUACGACGAAACGGGUCCCUCCAUGGUUCACAGAAGAUGCUUUUAA